AUGAAAAUUUUAAGUUUAAAUAAAUUUUCUGAGACCUCAAGGUCUUUAAUAGUUUCAAAAUUUAUUCUAGUAGUGUUAGAAUUAAUCAUAACUUGUUAAUGUUUAGGUGCUACACAUCAAAAUAUAACAGCUGGAUUAAGAGCAAUUCCAACAGCUGAUGAAUAUUCAGAUGCAUAAUUUUAGUAAUAAAAUACAACUAAAAAAGCAUAAUAAUAUUUUUGAUAUUGUGUAUACUAUUUUAGGCAACAUAGAUUGGUUUAAACAUGUUGGCAAUGAACAUUCAUUUUGAUAAAAUAAAUUCAAUUUUAUGCAUUUAUCAUUUCAUUGGGAUUUGGACAUUUGCUUGUUUUCUAUUUGAUAGAUGGAAGUAUAAAACAAUAAUGUAUCUUUGGGUGAUAUUUUGGUAAAUAAAGAUAAUUAACUGUUUAAGCAUUAUUCCAUUUUUGUUUGAAUUUCUAACAUCUUUGAAUGGAUAUUAUUAUUAUGGAAUUCAUGAACAUAGACUUAUUGAAGCAAAGAGAUAAGCAUUAUUGGCUGAAUAACUAAAGAAAAAGAAAUAAGAAGAAGAUGAAGCAAAGAAAUUAGAAGAAGAUAGUUAACCACUUAAUCCUUAAGAUGGAAUUCAAAAUGCAAUGUCAUAAUGA